AUGCGUAAUGUAGGUUUAUCCCAUCCUGUCGACCAUUCGACAUCUCAACAACAUAUCACCAACAAUAGAACUGUUCAAAAUCAAGGUUCAGUUAGUUCAUCAACUACACAUUCGAAUUCUUGUACCAACCAACCACUGUUAUUAUCACAUUGUUUUCCUGUUCCUAGUACUGAUAGUGUCAUAACAAAUCAGUCUAGUUCAUCGAAUGUCAACAACACCACCAUUCAUUGUCCAAUGCUCAACCAUCCAUGUUAUACCACCAAUUGCCAUCAUCAAUCUCCAUUGAAUUUUCGUCCAUAUCAUCAACGUGCAGCGACAUCUAAUGAUCCUCACAAUUCAACAAGUAAUAUGAAUCAGCUUCAAGUGAAUCAUCAACAACACCUAGAUAAUCAAAAUGUUACACCAAUGGAAAGUGAAAAUGAUAAUUGUUUUACAUUAGUCAAACGGAAAAAGAAAACGAAAAAAAUUGAUGUUCAACAAAAUCAAAAAUCUUCAUCUUCAUUCUGUUCUUCAUCACCAACAAGUUCAACAAAUGGGUCCACUUCCUCAACAAACACCAACAGUAUUAUUAGUCAUGUUCAACCGAGAAGUGCUGUUGCUGUUCAUUUACAACCAAAUUUACUCGAAGUUAAUGCACCUGUUGCAAUUAUUAAUCCAUUUAGUAUUGAAAUAUCACAACAGGCGCAACAUUACGCGGAAACGCGUUAUGCCUUUCCGUCAUUCAUCAUCAAAUUCCAACAAGAUAAUAAUGAAAGUUCAGUAUUAAAGUAUUUAACAACCCAUUAUUCUUACAAUUAUAAUUCGAAUUUGAAUUUCGCUGGUCAUCGACUAAAACUUAAACGUGAUUUAUUAUUAUUUGUUAAUGAUCGUGAAUCGUUCUCAAUGCUCUAUGAUACUUCAAAAUGGCCGUCGACCAUCGAAUCACUGAAUUUUGAAAAAAUUCUACCUAAUCAUCUACCACCUCAAUUUUCAUUAGUUCUUAAAAAUGUUCCAUUUGAUAUUGAAAUUGAUACAUUACUAACAAACAUUAAAUCUACUUAG